AAUGAUCCACGCAAGGAGGCUAUCGUUCGUCACUGAGCAUUUUGUCGGCGAGGCGCUGCCGGGUGAGCUGGUCGGCGCUUCAGGGAGACGGCUAUUUCCCCCUCUCAGUCGCCCCCGAGAGUAUGGCGGGAAGUGAAACUGAACAGGAUGAAUUAGUUUUGAAAAAAUCCCCAUCUAACACAGGAAAGCAAAGUGAGGGAUCAACAUCAUCAAAAUCUCCCAAAAGUUGCAAGCAUCAUUCUUCACGAUCCCAGUCUAGGUCAAGGUCGAGAUCAAAAUCUAGGGAAAAGAAACAAAAGUCUGAAAGUGAAAACCGGAAACGCAGACGAAGUCGCAGCAGAAGCAAAGAGGAACGAAGACGGGAUUUAAAAGAAAAAUCUACAGCCAAAAGGGUGAAGUCAUCUGAGCAACAAAAUGACAAGGAGCAAAACAAAUGGAGAGAACGAUUAAGUUCAACAGAAAAUGGAGAAGACCGACCAAAACGAAAAGAAAAGAAAGGUUCAAAGGCUAAAAGUUAUUCCCGGUCCAGAUCAAAAGAGAGACGACGUCGCAGCCGUGAAAGGAAGAGAUCCCGGUCAAGGAAGAGAUCGCGUUCAAGGAGUAAAGAAAAGAGAUCUCGGAGCAGAGAUAGGCGGUCAAGAAGCAGAAACAGACACUCAAGGAGCUGGGACAGGCAUUCAAGGAGUAAGGACAAGCGGUCAAAGAGUCGGGACAGGCGCUUAAGCAAAGAUAGGCGAUCGCGAAGUAGAAACAAACGGUCGAGGAGCAAGGAUAAGCGAUCUCGAAGUCGGGACAGGCGCUCAAGGAGCAAGGACAAGAGGUCGAGGAGUCGGGAUAGGCACUCGAGGAGCAAGGAUAAGCGGUCAAGGAGCAAGGAUAGGCGAUCCCGAAGCCGGGGCAGGCGUUCAAGGAGCAAGGAUAGGCGAUCCCGGAGCUGGGACAAGCGGUCAAGGAGCAAGGAUAAGCGAUCCCAGAGUCGGGAUAAGCGGUCAAGGAGCCGGGACAGGUCUUCCAGGAGUAAAGAUAAGCGAUCUCAGAGCAGGGACAAACGCUCAAGAAGUAAGGAUAAGCGAUCUCGCAGUCGGGAUGGGUGUUCAAGGAGCAAGGAUAAGAGAUCUCGCAGCCGGGACAGGCGCUCAAGGAGCAAGGAUAAGAGAUCUUGCAGCCGGGACAAGCGCUCAAAGAGUCGAGGCAGGCGCUCAAGGAGUAGGAACAAGCGUUCGAGCAGAGACAGGCACUCAAGAACCAAAGAGAAAAAACGACGACCAAAAUCACGUUCAAGAUCGCGAUCGAGGGUCAGGCCACGCAGGAGCAGGAGUAGAAGCAAAGAAAAAAGAAAACGCAAAUUUAGCAGAAGUAGAAGUCGUAGCCGGACUCCCCCAGCAUUCAGAGGUCGCAAUGCUGCCAUGGAUGCUCAAGAAGCAUUGGCUCGCAGGCUUGAAAGAGCAAAGAAGCUUCAGGAACAAAAAGAAAAAGAGCUGCUGGAAAAACAAAAAGAGGAACAAACCGACGUUGCAGACACAACUAAUGGAUCAGUUGGAAAUGUCAACCAGCCAACAGUUAGUAGUGGAUCCGUUCUCAAUGUUGCUGCACUCUUGGCAUCUGGCACUCAAGUUACCCCUCAGAUUGCGAUGGCUGCGCAGAUGGCAGCCCUCCAAGCCAAGGCAUUGGCUGAAACAGGCAUAGCCGUACCUAGUUACUACAACCCAACUGCUGUCAAUCCAAUGAAGUUUGCAGAACAGGAGAAGAAACGCAAACUCCUCUGGCAGAAUAAGAAAGAAGGGGACAAAUCACAGACUGCAGAAUUAUGGGAGAAGCUAAAUUUUGGCAAUAAAGACCAAAAUGUAAAAUUUCGAAAGUUAAUGGGCAUCAAGGAUGAAGAAGAAGUGGGAACUCCAAUCCCAAAUCCUGCUGAAAGUUUCAAAACUUUAAAGCAACAGGAAGAAAUGUUCAGGAACUUGGAUGCUCAAUAUGAAAUGGCACGAUCACAAACUCACACGCAGAGAGGCAUGGGCCUGGGUUUCUCUUCAAUGAGAGGAAUGGACACAAUUUAAGAACAAGUGUUGUACUUGUGCUUAAGUACAUGAUUUUUUUAUAUUGUCUUUGUCCAUGUUGGAGAUUUCAAGCUUCAUUUUGACUUUCACUUUCCCGUUUACUGAAAAAGCUAGCAAUCUAGCUUGCAUGGUUGUUGCAGUGCAAAAUAAUUUAUUAAAAAGAGUUUUGAUUGUAAAGAUAACUGGGUGUCUCAACAGUCAGACUGAUAGUUUUCUUCCCAAAACAUUGGGACUUAAUUGAAGAAACAGUUGAAGGCAUUGUUUUGCAACCAGCGAAAGGGAAGUUCUAUCAAUAUUUUUCUUUUUAUGUAUUUGGAGUAACUUAUGCAGACUGGAUUCAAACAGCUUAAUCUCAUCCAUAUUUUGUUGCAAUACUUAAUGUUGCUGUAUUAUGUGAUUGCUUUUGUACUAAAACUUGUACAGUUAUUUUCAUCUUUUGAAAUGCAAAUUAUUGUGUAGUUGUAAAUUUGGAUUUAGUUUGUUUGUAAGUACUUAUUCCAGUGCUAAAAAGCGCUUUAUAGUGCACUGUUCAUUAUCAAGCUUUCUGGACAAUAAAUGGAUGAUUUUCAAUACAACCACUAUGUAUCUUAGAAAUUUAAAACACAAGAACGGAACAAUUAGCCCAUCAUGUCUAAUAGAAAAUAGGUGCAGAAGGCCAUUCGGCCCUUCGAGCCAGCACCGCCAUUCAUUGUGAUCAUGGCUGAUCAUCCCCAAUCAAUAACCCGUGCCUGCCUUCUCACCAUAUCCCUUUUCCACUAAGAUUCCACUAGCCCCGAGAGCUCUAUCUAACUCUCUUAAAUCCAUCCAGUGAUUUGGCCUCCACUGUCCCCUGUGGCAGGGAAUUCCACAAAUUCACAACUCUCUGGGUGAAAAUGUUUUUUUACACCUGUCUUAAAUGGCCUCCCCUUUAUUCUAAGACUGUGGCCCCUGGUUCUGGACUCGCCCAACAUUGGGAACAUUUUUCCUGCAUCUAGCUUGUCCAGUCCUUUUAUAAUUUUAUAUGUUUCUAUAAGAUCCCCCCUCACCUUUCUAAACUCCAGUGAAUACAAGCCUAGUCUUUUCAAUCUUUCCUCGUAUGACAGUCCCGCCAUCCCAGGGAUCAAUCUCGUGAACUGCCUCAAUCACAAGGAUGUCCUUCCGCAAAUUAGGAGACCAAAACUGUACACGAUACUCCUAUACUGAAAUCCUCUUUUUAUGAAGGCCAACAUUCCAUUAGCUUUCUUCACUGCCUGCUGUACCUGCACGCCAACUUUCAGUGUACAAGGACACCCAGGUCUCGCUGCACCUCCCCCUUAUCUAACCUAACCCCAUUGAGAUAAUAAUCUGGCCCGUUUUUGCCGCCAAAGUGGAUAACCUCACAUUUAUCUGUAUUGUACUGCAUCAUUCCACUCACUCAAACUGUCCAGGUCACCCUGCAACCUCCUAACAUCCUCUUCACAGUUCACACUGCCACCCAGCUUUGUAUCAUCUGCAAACUUGCUAGUGUUGCUCCUAAUUCCUUCUUCCAAAUCAUUAAUAUAUAUGGUAAACAGUUGCGGCCCCAACACCGAGCCUUGGGGCACUCCACUUGCCACCGCCUGCCAUUCUGAAAAGGACCCAUUCACUCCUACUCUUUGUUUCCUGUCUGCCAACCAAUUUUCUAUCCAUGUCAACACCCUACCCCCAAUACCAUGUGCUCUAAUUUUAGUUACAAGUCGCCCGUGCGGGACCUUGUUAAAGGCUUUCUGAAAGUCUAGAUACACUACAUCCACUGGCUCCCCUUCAUCCAUUUUACUUGUCACAUCCUCAAAAAUUUCCAGAUUAGUCAAACAUGAUUUCCCUUUCAGAAAUGCAUGUUGACUUGGAAUAAUCAUUUUACUGCUAUCCAAAUGCCCCAUUAUUAACUCUUUAAUAAUUGACUCCAGCAUCUUCCCCACCACCGAAAUCAGGCUAACUGGUCCGUAAUUCCCCAUUUUCACGCUCCUUUCUUGAAAAGUGGGAUAACAUUAGCUAUCCUCCAAUCCACAGGAACUGAUCCUGAAUCUAUUGAACAUUGGAAAAUGAUCACCAAUGCUUCCACUAUUUCUAGAGCCACCUCCCUGAGGACCCUGGGAUGCAGACCAUCCGGCCCAGGGGAUUUAUCAUCCUUCAGUCCCAUUAGCCUACCCAAUACUGUUUCUAGGUUAACAGAUUGUUCUUGCUUCACAGCCAUCAAGUGCAUGCCCAAGUAGUUGGAAAUGCAUGGAGAAUUUUUUCCUUUAACACCACUGCAGCCAUAAAUUCAAACCCCACCAAAUGGUUUAACACAAACAUUCUGAAUACUUCCCCUUUAGAAUCUAGUCCCUUACAAAUGUAUACAUCUUACUUAAAUAUAUCUUCCUAUUUUGUUGCAAAUAAAAAUCUUUCUUCAAACAUAAA